GUUAGUCAAAUGUAUAAUCAAUUUUAUCGUAUUUGUUUUCUUCGCAAUGUUAGGGCAAAAUCAGAAAAACUUGGGCUAGUUGAUUUAAGAAAAAUCUUUUUUUCUGAACUCCUAGGGAUUGAAAUUACAAUAGAAAUGCUCCAAGUGCUACCCACUUUUGCCAAGGAUUCACUUAAGAGAAAGAAAGUUCUUGCUGUUCUUGAUGAUGUUGAUGAUCCUGUACAACUAGAAGCUUUAGCUGUUAAUGAUGAUGAUUGUUUUGGGUUGGGAAGUAGAAUCAUUUUAAUAAGCAGAGACAAACAAGUCCUUAGCAGUGCUGAAAAAAUAUAUGAGGUUAAGGGAUUGGAUUGUAGUGAUGCUCUUCAGCUGCUAAGUAUGAAAGCCUUCAAACAAAACCAUCCUCCGGUGGAAUAUGUAGAGUUGUCCAAAAGGGUAGAAACUUAUUGUAAAGGUGUUCCAUUAGCUCUCAAGGUUUUGGGUUCCUAUUUGUGCAGAAGGACUUCUAAAGAAUGGGAAAGUGCAUUGAAUAAACUGAAGGUAUCUCCUGACUACAACAUUCUGAAAGUCUUAAAAGUAAGUUAUAAUGCUUUAGAUCGAAUGGAAAAAAGCAUAUUUCUAGAUAUUGCAUGUUUCUUCAAAGGAUAUGACAAAAGCUGGGUAGAAGAUAUAUUAGAUGAUUGGGUUAUAAUUCGUCUAAUGGAUAAGUGUCUCGUAACUAUUGUCAAUAACAAGUUAGAGAUGCACGAUUUGAUAGUAGAAAUGGGUCAAGAUAUUGCUCGGUGGAAGGGUAGCAGAUUAUGGAAUUCUAUGGACAUCUGGCAAAUAUUGACCACAAUUGAUAAUAAUGCAAAGAAAGCAGUUGAAGGCCUAUUUUUGGACAUAUCUAAAGUUGGAAGGGUGUAUUUGAAUGAUGCAGUCUUCUCACGAAUGCACAACUUGAGAUUGUUGAAAUUUUAUAGGUCUUUUUCUCAUUUAAAGAAGGAAGGUACUGGCUUCAUAUUUAAGUCAAAUUGUCUGAAAAGUCUUCCCAACAAGUUGAGUUUACUUGAUUGGGAAGAAUACCCUUUCAAGUCCUUGCCAUUAAAUUUUUACAUGGAAAACCUUGUCCGCCUCCGCAUGCGAAAUAGCAAAUUUGCACUUGAAAAUUCACCGCCCAUGCUAAGAAAGCAAGCUGCGUCGACGUCUUCCAAAUCUGAGCAUCAACUUUCUGAUCUGUCGAGUCUCAUUUGUUUUGGGCAUCAACUUUCUGAUCUGGCGACUUCAGUGGCGUCUUCCGGACUCACUCCACGCCAACCCCGGCCUUCUCCAUCUAGCCAAUACGUUUCCAGAGUCGUUUCCGAUACCAACCCUUCUCUAUCUCUUGUGAUUUUGUUAUUUUUGGAUGAUAUUGCUCAUGGUGUUCAAUUCUGGUCUGAUCCUCCAAAUGAGAUAUUGAGUUUCCUCACAGAAGAUGCAUGGUUAGCUGCCAAAGUUAGUGACCAUCCAGCCCAUUUUGACUACUCUUCAACAGUUUCUGUGGCUGAUUUGUUGAAAUGGCCCAAGCCUGCUUCGAGAUUCUUGAAAUGCAAUACAGAAGCUUCUCCCCGUCCGGAUCAUAACCAAAUUGAGCGGGUUGGGUUCUUUGUGAUUAGAGAGGACAGCUGA